GAGAAGCGGCCUUUGUUCAAACCCGACCCAUUGUUGGUGUUGUCGAGGUCCUGUGAUCGCGUGUUCGUAGAGGCAGAGCAGAGCUUUUCCUCUUCUCAUUUCUGGUACCAAUGUUCGACUUCGAUGGCCGAACAGAUCGCUCAUGCACCUCACCACCACGGCUACAACAAAAGUCUUGAAUUCACUCUCUCCAUAUGUUUGUGCUACACCUUGUGUAUGCUUAGCCUGCGACUGUAUAUCCGAUGGAGGAGACUUGGUGUUGACGACUUGAUAGUCUUGUUGGCCACGAUGAAUCAUCUAACGUGCCACAUUUCGCAGGCUCUGGCAUCGAUAUUCUUUGGCUGUAGCUAUGCCGCGAAAGACGCUGGGCUGGCUCGCCCCAUGAGACUCUUUGUUGCGCACCAGAACAAAGUUGACAGACUGAACGCGCUGGUGUUAGCCAGCAAUCUAGCAUGGAUCACAGCGCUAUGUGUGUCGAAACUGGCUGUGAUAUCAAUGCUGCUCCGCACGACGCUUAAGGCCGCGCACCAACGACUUCAGUACUCUGUUGGUGUUUCAGUCUUAAUUCAAUGCGUCUCUUCCAUCAUUUUGUUGACCGCUAGAUGCACUGGCUUUACAGGCUUUGCUUGGGAUAUAUCGUCGAACGACACAGCCUGCCCUCGCCAGGGGCUUAGAUGGCGUGUCAUCACAGGUCUCGACAUCGCGACCGAACUCAUGAUACUCGUUCUCCCACUCCAGCUGGUCUGGAAGUUACAGAUGCGUCCGAAGAGUAAAUUCGUCGUCAUAAUGGCGUUCUGGCUUCGCAUUCCCACAAUCGUAUUCACCAUCCUGCGCAACGGCGCAACGAAAGACCUAAGCUCCACUGCCGACGUCUCGCUCACAGCGGCCAUGGUCGUCAUCUGGCAAGCAAUACAGAUGACCUAUUCGAUCGCCGCAGCCACCAUCGCAGCACUCAAGCGCUUCACCGAGAGUCUGAAUACAGGAUUCGGACACGGCAAGCUGAUCAGUGUACACGGGAAUACCCAAAGCUAUGACUUGUCCGAUCGCAGUGCGUCGAUCAAGAAUUCGAGGGCUGCUCAGCCGCUCAGCGGGAUGGGCAAGAGCCAUACACACCAUGAGGAAAUUCAGGCUCCACAUCAAUUGAUGCACCAUGAGGCUGUUGUGUUGUCGAGUGGUUUGGCUCAAACAACAGCGUCUAAGUCGCUUGUGAGAGAUGGAAGCAUCGCGCACAACGAACAAUCUCCAAUUUAUCUAGGAGAGGACUCCUUGGUAGUAACAGAAUGAGAUGUCCAGCUAGAGGGAGUUAGGGAGAGGAUGAUCUCAAGUCAGUUGUGAGAAAUUUGGCCUGGUCAUUGCGAG